AUGAGCACUCGUCUCUGUGCCUACAAAGACUGCCACAAUUUCUAUUAUCGCCAGGACAACAGUGGCUGUAGCGAGGUGACACUCUUUGCAUUCCCCAAGGAUCCAAAGCGCGCCGAGCAAUGGCGUAUACUUGGUCAAGUGCAUCCCAAAAUUGGACCCAUGCAGCUAUAUAUGUGCUCCAAACAUUUCGAUGCCAAAUAUUUGUCAUUAACUAGGAAUCGUCGCAUUUUGCUGGGCGAAGCACUGCCUUUCCCAUACGAAGAUCUCAAUAAAACGGAAACAGCUCAGGAUACCAAGGAAAUGGCUGCGACGUCUUCAACUGAACAGCAGAGCUACUACAUCAACUCGACGGGCAACAAAAUUCAGUUGGCUGAAGACGAUCCCAAGGAUAUUUCAUCUUCCUCCCAGCAAAGUUUCUACAUAAAUAUGGACGACGAUGACUUAAGCAUUGAUAAAGUUAUCAUGGUGGAGUCCACGACCAAAACAGUCGUCGACCCACAAGUUGAUAUGUUUGAGAAAAUCGAGGUCAACAUCAUCCCGUCUACUCACAAGCGACCUCGCCCUACGACGCCACAGGAACAGGAGGAGGAGGAGGAUGAGAAGGCGCCGCAGCCCACUGAUGAACAACUGAUAGACACAUCAGAGGUGUCUAUCUUCAAGUUCAAGGGCGAGCAGUACGUGCAAAUGUCGCGGGAAUACUAUCUGCAGGAGAAACGCCAAUUGAUGGAACAGCUGAACAGCUACAGGCGCACGCUGGCCAACAUUAGAAAGCAAUUGUUGCCAUUAAAGGAACUAUGAAACGAUGCAAA